AAUUACAUGGUUGCAUGUAUAUGUAAAAAUAAUCAAUACCUCCACUUAACAUGUGUGCACUCCAUCGUAUUUCCGUUUUACUUUCUAUUUUAAAAAGGGUUGUAAGGGUGAGCGCAUGCGCAAACGACGCCGGCACCAGGGAUGGGUGCGUGUGCGCAGGCCUGGGCCCGCGCGGCCGGAAGCGGAGCGGGCGCCUGAGCAGGCAACCGGGGCCGUGGCGAGCCAUGGAGGGGUCACCGGAGUACCUCGGGCAGCCGCGCCAGGGCCCGGCGGCGGAGGAGGUCGAGCCCCAGGGCGCCUCGUGGAGCAGAGACAGCGGCAACGUGUCCCAGAGCCACAGCAGCGCCUCGGGGCCUUGGGAGGAGGAGGGCCCGGAGCUGGGAGCGCCGGGCCGCGACCUGCCGCUGCUGCGCCGCGCCGCCGCGGGCUACGCCGCCUGCCUGCUGCCCGGAGCCGGGGCGCGGCCCGAGGUCGAGGCCCUGGACGCGAGCCUGGAGGACCUCCUCACCAGGGUGGACGAGUUCGUGGGCAUGCUGGACAUGCUGCGCGGUGACUCCUCCCACGUCGUCGGCGAGGGCGUGCCUCGCAUCCACGCGAAGGCGGCCGAGAUGCGGCGGGUGUACGGCAGGAUCGACAGGCUGGAGGCGUUCGUGGGGAUGAUCGGCGCCGGCGUGGCCCGGCUGGAGGAGCAGGUCGCCAGGGCGGAGGCCGAGCUGGGGGCCUUCCCCAGCACGUUCCGGAGGCUGCUGCACUCGAUCAGCGCGCCGUCCUUCCUCAGCAGGGCGCCCCCCGGCGGGCGCCAGCGGGCCGGCCACGAGCCCCCUGCCCUGUUUCGGACCGAAGACCACUUUCCCUGUUGCAGCGAAAGGUCUCAGCUAUGAGCCCGCCGGCCAGCGCUGCCCGAGGACGCUGUUGGAGAUCGGCGCGGGUAGUACAUCAGUUGAAAAAUCCUGUUACUGGACCUACGCGGUUGGAGAAUGGGAUUUUAAAGUUUAUUUUUUUUUUGCACACUCUCAUUCUCACCAUCGUCAUUAUUUCACGUAGGAUGUGAUUAUCUUCCAAUUCUUACCUGAAAGCUGCUUGGUGGUGUGGAUCGGGGACACAAAACGAAUGAAAUAUCUAUGCGCUGUGGCAGAACUGUUACUUUUAUGGAUUUUAGAGCCCAACUCUUUCAAGGUUUAUGUAUUUAUAUGCUCUUAAAAACUGCUGAGCCGUUAAAGCCAUAUUUUUUUUAUCUUAAUAGUGAUUCGACUUCCUUUAGCUUACUUUUCGUGUAAAUGAUCAUUUAUCCAACAUUAUAUUAAACUUUUCAUAUUGUGGAUUGCAAA